AUAUUCUUUCCAUCUUUCUCCAUUCCUGCUUCAGCUUUUGUCUGUGAAUGAUGCCGUCUGCCUCAAACAACACCAAGUUAGAAAAACAGGUCUCCGGCACCCCAGCGGAGUCUUCUUCAAGUGACAAUAAUAAUGCCACAAAUCCGAUGAAACAAGCUUUAGUAACAAUUGAACAUAAAAUUCGUAAUUUGGAAAAGCGUAAGACCAAAUUGGAGUCCUAUCGAGCGAUACAGGCCUCCGGUAAGGAAUUGAGCGCUGACCAAAAAGCUGCUGUUGCUAAAUACGAUGCUGUGACUCAGACUUUGGAGUUUGCACGAGAUCUGUCCAAGCAGAUGUUGCAAUUCUCCAAAGAUGCCGAAAAGGAGCAGAAGAAGCAAGCUAGAAAGGAUGCCAUCGCAAGGGCACAAACGGAAACAAGUAAAAUUCGUGAAGUUCUGGUUAUACAGAAUAUUUUGACAAACAUGUCGAUUGAUGAGAUCCGUGAAGCAUUCUUAAGCGGUGAGAAUGGUGCUGUUAAGCUGGAGCCAGCCGAUCUGGAGAACUUGGAUAAAUUCCUUUCGGAUAUUCAAGUAAGACGCCCAGAACAGACUGAAGAUGUUCCAUUCUUGACUUUAGCCCAAAAGGCUGCAGAGUAUUUGUCGAUGACAAUUGAUGGCCGCCCCAAGCAAUAUGGCGAGACAACUUUUGAGAAUUUGAAGCGUAUUUGCCAACAAAUUCAAGAAUCUGGCUACUUGGACAAAGUUCAUUGCGUCAAUCAACCUGAAGUUGUUGAAGAACCGUCUGCUGUCACAGAAGAAGUUAUUGCAUGCGAACAACAAGAAGAAGAGCAAGUUGAAGCAAACGAUGAAGUUGUCGAAGAAGAUGAUGUUGCAGAUGAAAAUUCUGCUGAACAACAACAACAACAGCAGCAGCAACAACAAGAAGAUGAACCUCAUCAAAUGAUUCAAACCGCACCGAUCUAUAAUGCCAACACUCCGGUUGUGAACAAUGUCUUUAUUUUGGAGACAAACGAAGUUGCACCGGUCUUUGUUGCACCGCAGGUUCAUAAUCAUAUGCAAACUACCCCACCUCCAAGUGGUAUCGUUUCCAAUCAACAACCGCCACAGCAUCAUCAGCAACAACAACAACAACACCAACAGCGUCAGCAACAUCAACAACAACAACAGCAACAACAACAACCCCAACCGCAUUCACGACAAGUGGUUCCUAGCCCAGUGAAUAUGCAACAACAACAACAGCAAGCAACUGGAAUGCCCCAAGUUGUUCCAGCUGCAAUUGCAGCAGUUCCAGCUCAUUUCCCAGCAACAACCGUACGUGCCGUUGAGGAAGCCUAUUUCAAGCAGCAGCAAUAUCUGCAGCAAAUGCGUCCUCUGGCCGAAGUCAUUGGGGGAGGUAAUUUCUUCUUCCUGCAGGACAGUGAAUUGGAUUCUCCAGACGUUGGAAGUGGCGCAACAGCCUACAACAACCCAAUCGAGGUACAAACACAGUGCACAAAUGUUUUCAAUCAACAACAUCCAUCUCAGCCACCUACACAUCAGCAUCAACAACAACAACAGCAACAACAACACCAACAACAGCAGCAACAACACCAAAUGCAAAUGAUUCAGCAACCACCAGUUUCUCAACAACAACCAGCUCCUCAAACUCAACAGCCACCACAACAACAGCAACAACAACAGCAGCAGCAGCAACAACAACAACAACAACAGCAGCAACAACAACAACAACAACAACAACAUUUGCCUAAAGGAGCUCAUGUCAAUAUGGCCGCACCCAUCCCCACGCAAACAUUCACAAACCAAUCAUUCCCUCCAUUAGUGCAAGCACCACCUGCACUCUACCCAGUGGCCCCCAAUUCUGUUGCCGCAUCACUUCAAUCUCCACUUAGCUGUGUCCCAGGACAAGCAGACAAGCAACAGCAGCUCCCCCAAGCAGUAUAUUCCCCAGCUGUCAAUGCCAGCCCUGCAAUCCUCUCAGUUCAACAUCAAAUGAUUGCAGCCACUGGUCAUCCACCUCAAAUGGAUCAACAACAACCUGGAGCAGUUGUCAUGAUGAAUCGACUUCCAUUGACUGGUUUUCAGCAGUUCGAAAACAAUCCAGUUGCUGCUCCAGUGCAGGUGCUCAACCCAACGCCAACACUCCAGCAGCCAACUGAUCCAUAUACUGAACAAAUUGAAGCCAUCAAAGAAGAUGUUGCCGCUUUAUCGACUACCGAAGAAGUCAACACAAGCCCCACCAGCGAUUGGGAAACUCCAGCUGAUCGAGAUGACCGUCGACGUGAUGAUUCACAAUCGAAGCCAGUCGAAUCGAAUCAAUGGAGCAGUGAAAUGAACAGCGCUGCUCUCUUUACUACCACCUCCAGCGGUGGUGGCGGCGGCGGCAACCAAUCUGAUUCUAGCUCCAAUGCCAAUUCCAAUUCACGAAAGAACGACUGGAACGAUGACAACCACCACCAGGGCCGUCACGAGAGUAACCACUGGUCCAGCAGCAACCAUCAGAACGACAGCUAUGGUGGCGGAAGACCACGCCACAACAACUACAACCGAAAUGACCAACGUGGACGUGAUGGCGGACGUUCCAACAAUGGUUUGGAUCGCAUGGAUCGUGGUAGCAUGCGCGGCGGCAACAGUGGUGGCCCAGGUAUGGGAGGAAGUGGUGGUUACCGUGGCAGAAGCAACUACUCGUCUCAAUCCCAACAGAAUGGCAGUGGCAGAGGAAGUAACGUUUACUUCCGUGACAAUGGUUAUUAUCAAAAUGGAAAUUCCAACAACGGAAGUGGCGGCGGUGGCAGUAACAACGGCGGCAGUGGCGGCGGAUACAACAAAGACGGUGGCGGAAGCGGCGGCGGUCAACGCUACGACAACACAAGCAACUACAGAUCUCGUGGAGGCAACAACGCUAGCAACAACAACAACACCAACAGUCGAAACAAUACAGGCUCCACCAACGGCGGCACCAGAUCCUCCAUGUCGUCUAUGUCUGGCAGCGGAAUGAAUGGACCACGCACCGGAGGCAAUCGCCCAUCUGGUGGCGGCGGAUCCUCCGGUUCCUCCUACGUAAAUUCCAGACAACCAAACCCAAGGCAACAACAAGACGUUGCGUAAACCAAGAAAAAAAAAUGUAAGCAGGAAGCAAUUAAACAUUUAAAAACAAAAGCAAAAAAAUAACGUGUGCUCCCAAAAGCACACUUCAAAAAGAUUUAAAAAAAAACCUAGUACUAACUAACUUGCAGAGCGGAAAGGCAUAUUAUUCAUUCACACACAAAAUAACUGAACUUCGUCUUUAAAAAAAAACAUAUAUAUACAUAAACAAAAAAAAAUGGAAAAAAUCUUUAAAAAAAAGUAUAACAAAAAUCAAGUAUUUAUGCUUAAUAUAAUUUUCAACUAUUCUUAUUCUAUAUUAUAAUUAUUAUUUUAUGUUAUCUUUAAACAAAACAAACAUGAUGAAAAAAGAAAGAAAACAAAAAUUAUGAAAUUUA